AUGGCGYUAGCUGCAGCACUCUCAGCAACUGGCACGCGGCCGGCCAGCUUUCUCCCAACAAUUACAUGCUCAAGUUGUGCCGCCGAGAUCGAAAUCGCAGCUAUGGGCGAGCACAUUUGCGCAUCAACCGUUGCAGAACCCACUGAGCGAAGGAGUCGUGCUAGCAGUAUGAGCAACCCAUUCAGGCUGAGAAAGUAUGGCGCAGCUGAUGAGAGCGCGAGUGCAUCCUCGGCCCCGUCAGAGACCGCUGGUGUGCACAGUGGAUCCACGAGACCGCCACGGAUUGCGCUGCCCAAGAUCAACUCAGAUGCCGCGAAUCGAGCAUUUCUAGCACCCAGGAAGACUGGACCCCGAACUCCGAUAACACCAGCAGUCAGUGGUCAUUCUGGGAGCAGUGAUGAGAGGCCUCGAUUGUCCAGGAGCACAACAACCCCGAUGCCACGACUGCACGACCCGCGGCCUCCCAGUCCAGAACUGACGGCGAAUCUGGAUUCUGCGUUUCCUCGUUUCCCAACGCAAGCGGCUGUCAGUGGUCGGUCAACCCCAAGCAAUGGACGUGUGACUCCCAUUGGAAGUGAUCGUGCGCCAUCCCGCGCCCAAACUCUGGAACCGGAGUCACUGAAUAUGGGGCCGAAAAGUCCAGGAUUGGUAUCACAGAGAUUCGAAACAUUAAAGACUGGACCAUUCACCGCGCGACGGCAGGGUACUGGGGAUUCAAAGGAGGACUCCGCCGGUGUUGGUCAUAAGAACCCAAGCCAAGUUGCGACAGAAGAACAACGCGCUCCAUCUCCCACAGAUCCCAGAGUAAUCGAGACCCAAGAAGCGGAGAGAAAGGACCCUCCGCCUCGGCCAGCGCGAUUGUCUUACGAUCAGCUCUCCCCAGUUCUUCUGGAGCGUUUCAGCGCAGAGCCCGAUAAUAUGUUUCCGCUUCCACCACAAUCGCGGCAAGGCGCCGACAGGGAUGGUUCAUCUCUCGCGCUACUAGACCAAUCACAUGACUACAGCUCAUCCCAUACUCUGUCAACUGCGCGCGAAGAAAGUGUGCUGAGGCUCCCAGAGAGGAAAGCCUCACUGUCCACCGCCGACACGCCGCCGACCUCGACAAGUCCUCCAUCUGGCACAGUGCUCCCGAAACGAAGCUCGAGUCGAGUAGGCACACGAAUGGAUUACCGGAUGCAGAAUGCACCACCAGUUCCACGCCCUGUUCAGCAGCAUCGAAACUACAGCYCUCACACCCAUUCAGAGAGCGGUUCCUCCACCAUGUCGAGUGCAAACACGUAUAGCAGCGGGCACAGUCCAAUCAGCAGCGCAGCAAGCAGUCUCGACCAUUUUAGUCCGCUGAGCAUGGCCGCAACCAGCCACGAAGAGCUUGAGCAGAUGCGACCAGUAGGUCUGAGUGUCCGUGGUCCACAAGAACCCGGAUUACGCGCUGAAUUGCCUCCCCAUCGGUCCCCGCCCAGGAAGUUCAGAAGACCCUCUGUUGAUACCUCGCAGAAGGUUGACAAAAAGUUCGCAUCCCCUCUUGAAUCGCCAAUGKAUCCCGCGCUACGGCUAGGCGCGCCAUACGAACCUUGGGAGCCAGUCACGCCAGACUCUGCAACGAGUGGCAUUCGCGCCAAUCAUCAAUUUAUAUCGUCGACGGACUUACCCAUACCCAACCCCACCAUCCCUUCGCUACCAGCAUAUGCCACAAGUCCGAGAAGUGCAUCUCCUUUAAGCCCACGAGCUGUCGACGACCAGCAGCGUCCAUCACGGCCGACUCCCGUAAAGCCCGCGUGUAGAGGCUGCGGAUUGGUCAUCGAGGGAAAGUCGGUCAAAGCAGCAGAUGGGCGUCUGACCGGGCGUUGGCAUAAGUCUUGUUUUGUUUGCAGAACCUGCGAACAACCGUUCGCAACAGCGGAGUUCUACGUGAUUAAUGACAAUGCCUACUGCGAGCAUCAUUACCACGAAAAAAACGGUUCCCUAUGUAACGGAUGUCAUCGUGGUAUUGAAGGCCAAUACCUCGAGACAACAAGCACCACGCGGUGGGGGAACAGUGAGAAGAAGUUUCACCCUCGCUGCUUUACCUGUUCCACGUGCCAUGAGGUACUCUCCGAGGACUACUUCGAAUUGGGCGGCAAAGUCCUCUGUGAACGUCACGCAAUGGCGGUGAUGAGACAACAACAACUACGCAUGGGCCCUCGAAUGGAUAAGAGGAACAUAUACGCGGAGCGACGGACCACCAGGCUCAUCAAUCCUAUGAGGGCGUAG